AUGGAAAACCCAGACUGGGAAACCGAGUUUAACCGCUUCGAACAAGCAAUCUCAUCCUCCUCUCCCGCCCCAAUCCGCGUAAGAUCCAUCCUAAAGUUAUCAUCUUUAGCCAACCAAUCACCGGACACCAUCCUCUCCCGCGCAAUCCCCAUCCUCGCCUCCCUCCUCCGCGUCUCCGACGACCCCAAUCGCUCCGUCCAAGCCGCCGCCGCGCAUUGCCUGAGACGCAUCGCCUGUCUCGGCGGCGAAUUCGCGGCGACGAUCGGGAGGUGCGGCGUGGUCGCUACCUUGUUGGGGCUCUUACUCGAGCCUUCGAGUGACAACAGUACUCCGUUAAGAACGAUUUGGGUCAAGUGUUUAUGGAGUUUAGUUACUUUCGGAUCUUCGAUUCGAAUCGGGUUAGCUAGGUUAGGUGGUGUAGAGAUUGUGACACGUGAGUUGAACACGUGGGAGGAUGAGUCGAGUAGAUGGUGUUUGUUAGAGAUUCUUAGCGCCUUGACGACGUUACGUGAGAGCAGACGCGUUCUUGUUCACAACGGUGGGUUGAAGUUUCUUGUUGAAGCGGUUAAAGUUGGGAACUUUGCGUCUAGAGAGAGAGCUUGUCACGCUGUUGGGUUAAUCGGUGUUACUAGACGAGCUAGAAGGUUUCUUGUUGAAGCUGGAGUGAUUCCUGCUCUUGUGGAUUUGUUUAAAGAUGGAGAUGACAAGAUAAAGCUUUUAGCUGGUAAUGCGUUGGGGAUAGUAUCUGCUGAGACUGAGUAUGUUAGGUCUGUGACUGCAUCUGGUUCUGUUCCUUUGUAUGUGGAGCUUCUCGAGAGAGGAGGUCCAAUGGGGAAAGAUAUUGCAGAGGAUGUGUUUUGUAUACUAGCUGUAGCUGAGGGUAAUGCUGUUUUGAUAGCGGAACAGCUUGUGAGGAUCUUGAGGGAAGGAGAUAGUGAGGCUAAGUUUGCUGCUUCUGAUGUGUUGUGGGAUCUUGCGGGUUAUAGGCAUUCUGUGUCUGUUAUUAGAGACUCUGGUGCGAUUCCUUUGCUGGUUGAGCUUGUGAGAGAGGGGUCUCUUGAGUUUAGGGAGAGGAUUUCUGGAGCUAUUUCUCAGUUGUGUUAUAACGAGAAGGACCGUGAGGCUUUUUCUGAGUCUGGUAUGAUACCGAUUUUGAUUGAAUGGUUGGGGGAUGAGUCGGAAGAGCUUAGGGAUAAUGCAGCUGAGGCGCUUAUUAGUUUCUCUGAAGAUCAAGAGCAUUAUGGUAGAGUGCGUGAGGCUUUAAGCCAUCCUGUGAUUCAGAGUAUGCAGAGCAGACUUGCUAGAAUCAGAGCCUCUCAUGAACAUUUGGUUAGGUCAAUGCGAAGGGUUACUAUCGAACAUAUUGCCCGGGAUCCAUAUUUUCCCUGAUGGGAAAACAUGUUUUGAUGGUGUGGAUGCUCAUAGCAAUUUGUGGAGCAUUGAGCUAAGCAGCAAUGUGGUGGAACAUUUUGAUCUGUACCGUUAUUAUCAUCAUCAGCAGUCUCCAUGUUAUUGGAAUUCUCGGUAUCAUCGUCUUCUUGUGGCUUCUCCACCUGAUCAUCAUCAGGAGUGGAAAUUUCCGGGUUGAAUUCUUCAAGGGUCUCUAAUAUGGCGUAGCAAGCUUUCUUCCUCAGGGUAUCAACCAAAGAAGCUGCAUCAAUUCCAUCACCAACCACUACAAGCUCGUCCUCGAACUCUCCUUCAAUGGCCACAGAGAUUACACCUGGAAGCAAGUUUGUACACAGUUUUCAUCCUAUCAAUAAAACUAGUUAUGGUAUUUCUCAUUGUUAUAACUGGAAUAUUUUACCCUUUGCAUUGACUGCUACUUCCAUUGCUUUCC